AUGGAUAGGGCAAUGGAGCUUGUGAAGAGCUUGGAGGUUAGUAGUGUUGCAGUUUCGCUGGGUGGCCAGCAAGGUGCGCAGAAGGCGACCGAGAGCGGCCUUCUGAUCCAUUACUACGAACUCAUGGCUGACUGGAACUUCAACGCGGCGCAGGCCUCGGCAGAGCGCAUCGCGCUCGACCCAAAAUACCAUGAGGUCCUCACGCUGGUCAAAGGCAUUCGGAAUGGUAUCGUCUACGGAACCAAGGUGCGAUUUCCGCACGCGCUGGUGAUGAUAUUCCUCUUCCGCUCCGGCGACUUCCGCACCAAGGCCAAGCUCGUCUUCAAAGCCACGCGCCAGCACGCGCGCAAUCUGGGCAUGUUUGCGCUGAUCUACAAGACGGGCAUGCUUCUGUUGCGGCAUGCGUCGCCGACGGGCAAGGAGCAGCAUUACGAUGCCUUUCUGGCCGGGCUCGUAGGCGGCUACGCCGUUUUCGGCCGCACCAUCCACAGCUCCGUCAGCCAGCAGAUCGUCAUCUACGUCUUCGCCCGCGUUGUGCUUGCCUAUGCGAAGCUGCUCGUCCAGCCCAAAGGCGAACACGCCAACGGCAAGGGCGGCCACCACCACGGCCAUGGUCACGGUCAUCAUGGUAGGGUGGGUGGCGGUGGUGGCUGGGAGAUCAUCAGUGAUCCAGUGCUGGCGGCCAAGGUGAGGGACAAUGGAUGGACCGUCUUUGCGAGCGUGAGCUGGGCUCUCGUCAUGUACCUGUUCCGGUGGCACCCCGAGACGCUGCAGUCGAGUCUGCGGAGUAGCAUGCAUUACAUCUACGAGCAAUCGGACCACUGGGAUUCGUUGCGGACGCUCAUCUGGCAUAACAAAUAA